UUAUAUUUUCAACUGUGCCGAUCAAAUGUUAUAUCAAAUACCCGUACAUAUGUUCGACGUAUUAAACGCAGACACUUUCAAUCAGGGUUUGUGUGUUUUGAAUGCUCUGUAUUGGUUGGUAGUAGGCGCUUGACGGAAACGACGGCGAUAGCGAUAUUAGUUGUGUGUUCACAGUUCUACGUGCAUGGUUAAUUUGGCCUGCGGUUGUUCGAUAUUUUCGGCGUAGCGAUAAUGAGUAAUAAACAUUCGAAAAACACCGAAAAGCUUGUGUUGCUUUCACUUUUUCUCUGCACACUCAGCACAUUGCCAGCGUUAUCUGGUGCGGUAUCUUUAACGUGGGGUCAUGUGGGCAAGUAUGCCUCACCUAUUUACGAUGAAGAAAUUAAGCUCACUGAUAACAAACCGAUAGUUAAAGUUACAUAUCCACAACAGGGUGACACCAAUCAGUACAUCAUAACCGCAAUACACGCAUUCGACGCAAAAACACCACUGUACACGACAGCAGACGCUGAACGCGCCGCCGAUGCACAUUUGGCAACCGUGAAUUCUGCAAGGGUAACGGUUUUGCGCGGUGGCAUUGGCUUUAAUUACACAACAUUACAAUUUGAAAUGCCAACGCCCGCUUAUCAGCUAUCAGCUGCAGACAGUGCUCCGAGCAUUGGCGGUGACCCUGAUGGCGGUAACGCUGCGAGGCGUGGUAAUAACUUACGGGCACACUAUCAGCUUGUUAUUUACGGCAUUGAUUUAUAGCAUAAAUAAACUUAAUUUAUUAAAUUA